AAAAAAAAACAAAGCAAGCUGCAGUCAUACCCUGUAAAACAUUGAAACGUGCUCAACAGCAGGAACAGCCAAACAUUUCAGGGUACGAGUGUUUGCUGCGAGCAAGCGCAUGCAACACGUAAGGAUACGAAGGUAAAGUGCUGCUCAGCAAAUUUCAAGAGAAAGCAACAUAAACAGCAACACCAACAACAAGACAAUAAAGAGAAGCCAAUCAAACAAAGCAACUUACAUAUAAAAGCAGGCACAACAAGAAGUCUUAUAAGCAGUUACUUCAAGUAGGGCGGCAAACAUCUGGUGUCUGUGUAACUUCAUUAUAGCUGGCUCACACGCGCACAUCGAAAUCAACCAUCAACAACGAAUAGGAAGAGCGCCAGUGAGUGAGACAGUGUGAGAGCGUUACUACAUUCAAGGACCUGGCACAUUGAAAAGGAUAUUGAACCUACGCUUGCCAUCUGUAUAUACUGGUGUGUGGUGUUUGUAUUAGUGCACGCAACACCACGUGUUUCUAGCGCUAAAGUAUAUAGCAGAACAGACGCUGAAGCAAACCAAGGGCGCAGCGUCGCACAUCGAUUUAUUCGUCGUGCAUGCCUGGCGGUGGUUGAAUCGCGCAACAUUGCCGUUUAUGUGCAUGAACUUGUAUCCUGUGCUGUCCUGUCCUGUCCAAGCUCAAUUGUUAACGCGUGUGUGUAGAGUGUAAAAAGCAUAGUGUAGCAAGCAAGCUUGUUUUUUGUAGGCAAACAAAGGACUUUUUAAUUUUCAUUUGCCAAAUAAGCGAGUGAACGUGCGCGCUAAAGGUAUCUAUAGCGCUUUUCGCUACGAACACAGUGCAGUGCAGUGCUGAGGAAUAAUUUCCUUUUAUUUGAAGUUUGCGUGAAAUAUUUUUUUUUGUUUGUUUAAUUAUAAUUGAUAAUUGUCAAUCAGAAAUGGAUUACUUCGAUAGCAUGUUGGAGCAGAUGCAGAUGAUGGAUUACAAGGUGCUCAGCCUGUUGGCUGUACCAAUUUUGGCUGUGGUGGUGUUGGCGGUAGUGCUGCUGCGGAUAACGAGAAAAAUACCCAAUGCGCAACAUGUACCUGUUUAUGGCGUCCACCAACCGACCCAUAGAUAUUAUCAGCCACACCAACAUCUCAAUAACGGCAUGCAGUGCCAUUAUAAGGGCAACGUGUCGGAUUCGUCUAGGGCUCGUAAUAAUCCAAAUAACCAACGCCGAGUACCGGCACAGCAGCAGCAGCAACCACAACCACAACACAAUGCGAAACCUAGGAAGGCUCGUUUCAACAGUAAACGGUCAGACAAUAAUGGUGCGUCCACACAGAAACGUACUACCGAUUUUGCAGCCGAUGAUUAUUUCGCUCAUCAAAGGGUAUAUACCUACAAUCGACAGUAUAUGUCUUCACGCGCCGAAGACAAUAUUUUGGCGGCACGCCACAACCCAGCACAUCGUAGCAGCACCUCAAGCAGCGGUGUUGCAGCCAGCGAUGAUCUUGUUUCAAGCUCGAGUAAUGAGGACUUGAGCACCGUCUACUCGGUUAUCUCGCAGCCGGACAAAAAGGCUGGUAAAGAGACGGGGCGUAGAAAUCGCCAGCAGCAUCACCGCAAGCGUCACAGCGAGCAAAACCUAGUCCGCAUCAUUCCUAUAAAUGGCAACGAGGAUAGCAAGGAAAACCGGCGUCCCGGACAGCAGCAAGCACAAUGUCAAAACCAGCAGCAACAACAGCAGCAGCAACAGCCAUCGAAGACGGCUAACUUAAAUCUGCGAAAAACAGCUGCACUGAAAGCGGCAAACACACACACGGCGUGCAGCAACACUGGUGGUAGCACCAAUGCGAAGUCUGGCAAAGCUGCAUCCACGUCGUCGGAAACGUCAUCUGUUUCGAGUUCACCCACCAAUUCGGCGAACUGUUCGCCCACUGCCUCGCCCACCGCAAGUAAGCGUAACGUGGAAAAUUUGCGCAGAGUUGCACGCGCAUUCGUGCCGCGAGUGCAGCAGCACACCAAACUGAAUAUGUCGGAGGGAGAGUUUGUGCAACAUUUGCAACGCUACGUCAUAGAUCCCAAUUUGUUACGCAUCUAUGGCUAUCCAGUCGAGAGCGCGAUCCACGAAGGGUGUAUUGAAGUACAAAAGUGCUUCCCCCGUCCAUCAGCAGCGCACUCAUCUCAUACGACGUCCGUAGUUAAUAUCGUUGAUGGAUUGGAAAUAAGCCGUACUACUAGCAGCAGCAGCAGCGACUCUACAACCACUGCCACCACCAACAACAUCGAAACACAAUCGACGGUCGGCGACAAUUCGUCGGAUUCCGGCCAAGGAUCUGCCAAUUCUACUCCGCCCUCCUUGGAUUCGGAUUCGAGCGAAGCAGGUGAGGACGAACCAGCGACUACCACCGUUUGCUUCACACCAAAUGGGCAAUUUCAAAUUUUCUCCCAAUACGACCAGUCAUUGGAGAAGCAAUGCGUGCGCUGUAUGCGCACAUUUCACGUAACCGAAUCGGGCGAAUACCUCACUCACGAGAGCUGCACGUUCCACUGGGGUAAACUCCAUUUCAACUAUGUCGGCAAUGGCUACGCCUCACAGUACACCUGUUGUGGGGGCACCAAGGAGACGGAAGGUUGUUCACACAACCACCUGCAUGUGUGGACCGGCGCUGUGGUGGGCAUUAAUGGCCCUUACAAGAAUUUUGUGCAAACACGCCUGCGCAGCAGCUAUAAAAGUAUUACGCCCAAAGUGUAUGCUCUAGACACGGAGAUGUCGUUUACAGGGCGUGGACUUGAAGUGACCAAGGUGACGAUGGUUGGCUAUGAUGGCCAAUUAGUUUACGAGCAUUUCGUGCGGCCCGAUAAACCUGUGGUGGACUACAAUACGCGUUUCUCGGGAAUCACCGAAAAAGACAUCUCGAGUAAUGACGUAAAGACGCUGGAAGAGGUGCAGAAAGAUCUGCUCGAAUUUAUCGAUGCCGAAACCAUCGUAAUAGGCCACGCUCUGGAUAAUGAUUUGCGUGUGCUGCGAAUAGUGCAUAAAAAUAUCAUUGAUACGUCGAUCACAUUCCCGCAUCCAAGCGGCUUCCCGUACCGUCGCGCGCUAAAGAACCUGACGAAGUCAUAUCUUCAUCGCGACAUCCAAUGCAGUGAUGCCGGGCACAAUAGUUUCGAGGACUCAAUGGCGUGUCUAGAGCUUAUGAUGUGGAAAGUGCGUAAAGACACUUUACGGCCGACAGCGUAUUGAGCAACAGGCGGGUCGCUGAGCGAGACCAACACUAUGUGUGAGCCUCAGUGCGUAUUGGGUGUAACUGGUGGUGUGGUGUGGCGUGGCGUGAGUGAAUGAGUGAUGAUGAGUGUGGCUGUGAGCGCAUGUGGACCUCGCUGUGUGCUCUAUUGUUUUUACAAUACACAUACGACACAUUAUUGUAUCUAUGUGUGAGUGUGUGUGGUAAUUUUCUACAAGUACUGCUUAAUUUUUUACUAAUUAGCUACAACAUAUACAUAUACAUAUGCAUAUGUAUGUAUGUAUAUAUUUAUAUAUUACGACAAGUUUAAAGUUAAGAAAACUUGCUUGUGUGGCAGCUGGCCCGCAUUUGCCGCCUGAGCGUGGGAAAAUUAUUGCACUUUCCAGCUCAGCGUUCGUUUGCAUGACGCGCGGUAUGGCGCAGUGCGGGUGCCUCCAAAAACUAAUGUGAAACCGUACCAGAAGAAAGUAGCAAAAGCCGUUGUAGCGACAGAAAGCAAUCUCGGAUUAUUGAAAAGCUGCUGCUGACAUUCAAACAAAAAUGGAGCGGAAUUUUUUUUAGAAAAUACUAUGAACUGAUUAAUUGCUGUGAUUUUUUGCACUAGCGCACGCUGUUCUCAUUUUUUUCCAAUUUUCACCCUCGUAAAUUCAAACGAAACAGGAGGGAAACCAAAAAAAAACUAAACUAAACUAAACGAAUAUGAAAUUUUUAUUGCCAUGAUAUAACAAAGAAAGUAGUUUCACUUACAAGUUUUUGACAGAUGCAGUAAUUUUUGAAGUUUCAUAUAUAUUACCAACAGCGUUGCCACAUUAUUACUAUCUUAAAAAUAAAUGAUGGUGUUGCGAGUUGGGAAUUUCUUUAGCGUAAUUACAUAAAUUUCAUUUUUAUUAGUCUUCUCAGACGAAUCCAUGAAUGUAGUAGUACAGGAUAUGUAUGUAUAUGUAUGUAUCGCCAAUACAUGCACAAAAUUUAAAUGUACUGCCCAUUACAAGGAAAUAAACGCAUAUAUGUACAUAUGUAUGUACUUACGCUUAAGGAUAAUCCGAAAUCGAAACAUCUGUAUGUAUGUUAUGUUAACAUAGUUGUGAUUAUGAUUUUAUUUAAUAAACAAUUCAAUUCAACCAACGCAUAAAGCUGUAAUUUUUCUCAACUUCCUAUUUUCAUAUUUAGCUUUGCUCCUUUUUGGGGAAGAAGAAAUCCCUAAAAAU